GAGAGAGAGAGAGAGAGAAAGAGAGAGAGAGAGAGAAAGAGCUUUUACUGAAAUCAUGGCGCGACAAUUUUCCCUCCUCGGCUCCGUUCUUCUCUUCGUCAUUGCAGGAACCCCGUGGCAUGGUUCGGCCCUCGUACUGCCGACUCACACGACGGCAAGACCCCGGGGUGACCCUGACACUGACGAGCCAUUUACAACCAAGCGCAACGCCGUCCUCUACUUCGACCUGCCGAAAGUCACGCGUUUCCCGCUCCCCGUCGUGAACACGGAGAUUAAGGGCACGGGGACGGCGACGUUAACGACAAGGACACCGGACUCGAUGAUCACUACAUCGAAGCCACCGACCACGAGGGCGUCAACUAAGUCCUCCCCCAGCAAACCCUCGUCCCGGGGCUCGGAGGAGCAACCACUUUAUCGCCUGAACGGUAGCAACGGCCAGGCCUGCAUCCUCCUUCAGGUUGAUGCCAUCAUCACCGUCAAAUACAAAACAACUCUAGGGGAGGAACAGGAAGCUGAUUUUUAUAUACCAAAUGGCGCUACGGUCACUGGCAAUUGCGAUAGUGAAAAUUACGCCAUAAUGUCACUAAAAUGGGAUGCGUUUGUUCUUUCAUGGAGUUUCAGUAAGACUCCUGGUAAUGAAAAAUGGUAUGUCGAUAAGAUCGAGCUGACUUAUAACUCCAGCGACCGACAUUUCGAACAUAUUGAUCAACCAAAUCGAACGAUAAGAUUGAGUACAGCAAAGAAGAGUGCGACAUUGUUUCCGACGCCCGUCGGAAAAUCUUAUUCCUGUUCCAAGGAGCAAGAAAUUUAUCUCACGGAUGGUAAAAAUCGAGCAAGCAUAUUAUUAAGAGACAUGAAACUACAGCCGUUCAAGUUCAAGAACAACGACUUCGCGAUAGAGUUCCCGUGCAGCGCCCUGAGCGCCCAGGCCGGAAGGGACGAGACGGCCCCAGUGGCCGUCGGCUCGGCCCUCGCCGCAGCCGUCCUUCUCACCAUAACCGGAUACGCUGGCUGGCGAUAUUUCAAGGUUAAGAAGGUCAAGUACGAUACGAUGGAGUAGGCGCGAGUUGGAGGUUGGCGUAUCGACGACCGAUAGCCGCUCGAUUUGUUUGGGAAUUCGGAUAGGAGCGAGCGGGAAACGCGGCUCGGAUCGUUGGAAGUUUCCUGCUGGCGUUAAGGUGGUAAGGUAUUGAUUGUACGUACAAAUGCUUCUGCGAUAUUUUG